AUGAAGCAAUAUUCCUACGACUUUAUUCAUGAUGACAUGGAUGAUCGAAGUAAAACAAAAGCAACUGCUUUAUCAGUUCCUGAGAAUGAAAUUGCUCAAGAAUAUGAUCCACCAGUGACGUCACAUACGCCACGAACUGGCACUCAAGAAACACCGUCACAACUUUCGGAUCCCCCAACUUCGCAUGGAUCAUCAGUAACCCCAACGAGUACCCCACCUUUCAGGAGCGUAAACACGGACGACACAAUGGAUGAGAACGGAUCUUUAGCGAAUACACCAACAGAUACCAACUUGAAGAAAUCGCCUCCUGUUCACAGUACGUCGGUCACAGCACCAGAUCAAACAACUUCAUCAUCUGGAAUGUCUGGAGGAUCUAUCGCUGGAGUUGUGGUUGCUUUAGCCUGUGUGAUGUGCGUCGUGGCAGCAUUUGUGAUUCGAAAGAAGAAAAUUAACAAGAUGCAGAGUAAUUUCCCAUCAGCUUUUGGUGGAUCCAAAGAAGUUCCAAUUGUCAAGGCAAAACUUGCACCUCCAGGUUCAUUUGGAAAGCUUAAUAGUGGACGAAAUCGUCAUGAUGGAAAGGAGAUGUCGAAUGGUCCAGAGAUUCUUGCAGUUGUUCGAGAUGAUCCAUUUACGAGACGACAGAUGCAUAAAGGAGGAAUUUGGGAUGAUCCUGUACUUACGGCUGCUCGCAUUCCUCUUGAACAAAUUCAGAUUCAAGAGCUUAUUGCUCGUGGUGGGUUUGGUCAAGUGUUUAUGGCAUCGUACAAGGGGAAAACAGUGGCAGUCAAGACAUUAUUACCUGAAACAGCUCAAGACAUGAAUGAGAUCAAUGCAUUGUUUACAGAGACGAAAGUCAUGGCAAAGCUUGAACAUCCGUGUAUUGUCCGUUUUAUUGGCAUUGCAUGGGAAUCGCUUAGUACCGUCUGUUGUGUUACAGAGUAUCUGGUCGGUGGUGAUCUUCGAGCUCUGUUAAAUCACUUUCUCGCCAAUCAAACACGACCUCGCGGCUUUGAUCACGAUAAGGUGAAAAUCGCACUGGAUAUUGUCAAUGGACUCUCGUAUCUUCAUUCUUUAGAGCCCAAUAUUCUCCAUCGUGAUUUAAAAUCUCGCAAUGUUUUACUUACCUCACAACUUGAAGCAAAACUCACAGACUUUGGGGUGUCACGAGAACGAUCUGAUGAUCGAAUGACUAAUGCUGUGGGUACAUCACUUUGGAUGGCACCGGAAGUGAUGAUGGGUGGACAUUAUGAUGGAAAAGCUGAUAUCUUUUCAUUUGGUGUCUUACUUAGUGAACUUGAUAGACAUGAUAUGCCAUACGCUAAUGUCAAGAAUGCAAGUGGACGUCGACCAACUGAUUCGGUAUUAUUGCAAAUGGUAGCAGGAGGCAAGUUACAAGUACAAUUUUCGGACAAUUGUCCCGAACAAGUCUUAACUCUUGCUAAAGAGUGUAUCUCAGUCGAUCCAACUAAACGUCCUACUGCUGCUAAUGCGAUGGACAGACUCCAAAGUGCUUUAAAAACUUUUGAAAUCGACGAAGUGGCACUGUAG